AUGGUCUGUCUUUCUCUGGCUUUCAUGUACACAAUUAGAGACACGCGGUUGGAAUCAAUGUAUUUUGCUCGUGACAGUAACGAAACAAUACAAUUACAGAAAUAUGGAUAUGAAAGAGCUGAAAGGCGAGCAUUUGUAGAGUCAAAUCCUUCUCGAAGGACCAACAUUGUGAUAUUGUCUUUACCAAGAUCAGGAUCAUCCUUCCUAGGUGACGUGUUCAAUCAUCAUCCUCAAGUCUUGUAUUUGUUUGAACCACUUCAUUCACUUCAGCUCAAUAUUCAGGAAAGCUCAAUCUUCCACUUUGAUUUUACAAGAGAAUCUUAUAAAAGGUCGGCAUUUAAAUUUCUAGAUGAUGCGAUGUCUUGCAAAUUUGUCCACGGUGAAUUUGCAAGUAACAUAUACGUAAAUGAUCGUUAUAGAAGUUUUGCGUUGACUUCAACAGAAUUUUGUUCUGGUAACGCAACAUCACGUGUUUGCGAGGAUGUGGAUCCAGUUCGACUCGAGGCCCUUUGCAAGAAUAAUUACAGUGUCCUUUCACUGAAAAUACUCACACCAAGGUUACCAGAUGUCCAAGCUAAAGGGCAGCUUUUACCAGGCUGCAGUGAUCCCUACAGUGAAUGCAAAAUAAUCCAUAUAGUACGCGAUCCAAGAGCAGUAAUCGCGUCGUUGAUGUUUUCGGUGCAUUUUUUUUCCAGACCAUGGGAAACCAGACAUCAACUAAGUUGGUAUGCGCAGAAAAUCUGCCACCAGUUAGAGUCUGACGUUACAUCGGGGAAGUUGAGGGUUAAUUCGCAGGGUUCAAGAUACAGGUUGAUCCGGUUUGAAGAUCUCGCCAAAAAUCCCUUGUCACAAGUCAAUGAACUUUUAAAAUUCGCAGGAAUUGAAAUGACAGAUGGCGUUCGAAAAUGGUUGAACGAGGCAACCCAUUCUAGUGACAUAUCGCAAACAAACGUUCAACAGGCUUAUCUAACUAGUAGAGACUCCAAAAAAGUUGUUUCCGGGUGGAGGAGCAGAAUGGAAAGUGCUACAGUGCAGAUUAUCGAAAGAUACUGUGGAAGGGUCAUGAGCCAGUUGGGAUAUAAGUUAAUAGGAUUAUCCCCAGACAAACAACGAAAUUUUGACAUCUCUCUAAUCGAUCCCAUUGCCUGA